GACUUUGAACUCCAACCAGCUCAGUAGCAGACAGCUGUGCAGAACAAAGCACGACUCCUGCACGAGGCUUUACGGGAUACUAAUUAAAAAAGAGAGCCAGAGAGGGAGAGAGGACAGCGUGUUUUAAUAGCUUUUCUUGGAGAAUACAUUCCAAAUCAAAAUAACAGAGAUGGCUACAAUGUUCAGAUACCCCGUCUUUCCUCAUCUGCAGGAUCCCUGUGAUCCUGGUUUGUCGCUGUCAGCAGGGAGGAGUGUCAUGGCGGAACCGGACUAUAUGGACGAAGACUGUGAUGAGCUCAUCAAGCCCAAGAAACUGAUCAACCCAGUGAAAAGCUCCCGUAAUCACCAGGACUUGCACAGAGAGUUGCUCAUGAACCAGAAGAGGGGUCUGGCUCCUCAGAACAAACCUGAGCUCCAGAAGGUUCUGGAAAAGAGAAAGAGGGACCAAGUUCUCAAGCAACAGAAGGAGGAGCAAGAAGCCCACAAGAAGAGGAGUGACUUGGAGAUAGAGCUCAUGAAAAGACAACAGAAACUAGAGCAGCUUGAACUGGAGCAACAGAAAAUUGAGGAGGAACAGGAGAACACCCCCGAGUUUGUGAAGAUGAAAAGCAACCUGCGCAGGACCAAGCAGGAGACCGACGGGGAGGAACGAACCACCUAAAAAAAAAAAAACCAUCAGGGGUGGCUGGGUCUGGCUGACUGUGCACAUUUUUGUGAGCACAGAGGCAACAGGAGUGUGUGUACAAAGGAGAGAGAGUGUGUUGUGUCUGUGGUACACGGUGGUGACCAUGAUCUUGGACCUGGCUUUCCCAACCUAGCUGUUCCUUCGUGCAGUGAGGAGAGAGACUUUAAAGAAUAAAGACCCCCCCUCGGUCUGCCUGCAAUGGACCGCCAGUACCCAUACCCACCCAGCAGCACACAGCACCCCCCACAGGAGGACCUAACACAUGUUACAUGAUUUUUUUUUCCACAAGGGCGAGCAAGCUUUCAAGGAGCUCUGAGGGAGAUGCGACCAAACACACACGCGCGCGCGCACACACACACACACACACACACACACACACACACACACACACACACACACACAGGAGUAUUUGUCCCCUAUGUUUUUUACUCCUUUCUCCACAGCAAGCUCUCAUUUCUCUUUACUGUUAUUGAUGUUGUCAUUGUUAUUGUUGUUGUUUUUUUUUGUUUGUUUGUUCUCACAUUCAGAAUCAAAAAAAGGAAAAGCGGACACUGGAUGGACUCUUGAAGCUGUGUAAUGUAAAAGCCAAACAAAUGUGCUUUUAUUAUUUAUGUUUGUAGCUUUUAGCGCUGGUAUAGGGGAGGACACUUUUAGUCAUUCUGUUUUGUUUUGGGGUUGUUUUUUUUGUUUUGUUUUUUUUAAGUUUGUUUUACUGCAUAGUAUAUGAAGCCAGAACAGGACAAAGGGAGUGCGUGGUUCUGUGAAACACUCGAAUUCGCUUUAUUUUUUUAAAUUGUACACAUGCCAUUUCCUCAGCUAAUGCAAUUUUGAGCAAUAGUAAAACUCCCAGGCAUGAGAGUGACUUUUCUUUAUAUAUUCUGUUGUUUUUGUUUUGUUUUGUUUUGUUUUGUAUGAAUAAAAGUGUUACUUAAUAAAUAAUUUAAGUUU